AUGGCUGGUACCUCUAUCAUUCCAAUAUGUUUUAUGGCUAUUCUUUUUAUAAUUCGCGUAGUAUCCAACGUUGGAAAAUCCAAGCCAUGGACAGCUUUUUUACCUCCUAAGCUUCAAACCGUUGAUUUCACACGUAAGCUUCAUGUUGAACCCGAUGCCAUCGUAUCAGUCGCUACUGAUUACGGUAACAUCGUCCAUGAAAGUCCAGCCGCAGUUCUUUAUCCAUCUUCAAUACAAGAUGUAAUGAGUUUAUUAAAAUUCUCAUACAAUAACUCUGCUCCUUUUACUGUAGCUGCCAGGGGCCAUGGCCAUUCUGUCUGGGGACAGGCUAUGGCCUCUAAUGGAGUAGUAGUGGACAUGAUGCGUCUAAGAGAUCAUAAAAAUGGGACUGGAAUUACAGUCUCAAAAGACCCUUCAUUGGGAUUCUAUGCCGAUGUUGGAGGUGAGCAAUUAUGGAUUGAUGUGUUAUAUGCCACCAUAGAACAUGGGUUUGCUCCGGUGUCAUGGCCAGACUACUUGUACCUAAGCGUUGGUGGGACUCUGUCUAAUGCUGGAAUUAGCGGUCAAACAUUUCGCUACGGCCCUCAGAUCAGCAAUGUCUAUGAAAUGGACGUUGUUACCGGAAAAGGAGACAUGAUUACCUGCUCUUCACACACGAAUUCUGAGCUCUUUUAUGCAGUUCUAGGAGGGUUAGGACAGUUUGGAAUUAUAACUAGAGCAAGAAUAGCUUUAGAGCCAGCACCGAAGCGGGUGAAGUGGGUGCGAAUGCUUUACAGCGAUUUUUCUGCUUUUACAAAUGAUCAAGAACGUUUAAUCUCGAUCAAUGGAAGGAAACAGAAGGAUGCACUUGAUUAUUUGGAAGGUUCGCUUCUUAUGGUCCCGGGUCCUCCAAAUAAUUGGAGAUCCUCCUUCUUCCCAUCAUCCGAUAUCUCUAGAAUAAUGUCCCUAUUAACCGAACAUGCCAUCAUCUACUGUCUAGAAGUAGCCAAAUAUUAUGAUGAUGGGACAAGACACACGGUGGACAAGGAUCUGCAACAAUUGCUCAAAGGGCUAAGCUUCCUUACCGGAUUUAUGUUUGAGAAAGAUGUUUCCUAUGUGGAUUUUCUAAAUAGAGUCCGAAGUGGAGAGCAAAAGCUUCAUUCACAAGGACUAUGGGAUGUUCCUCAUCCAUGGUUAAAUCUCUUUCUGCCAAAAUCUCGUAUCUUGGACUUCAACAAAGGUGUUUUCCAUGACCUUGUCCUUAAACGGAAUAUUACAACAGGACCCCUUCUUUUUUACCCUAUGAAUCGAAACAAAUGGGAUGAUAAAAUGUCCGUGGUUAUACCAGAAGAAGAUAUUUUCUAUACCGUGGGAUUUCUUCAUUCGAGUGGGUUUAAUGACUGGCAAGCCUAUGAUGAUCAGAACAAGGACAUAUUGGAAUUUUGUGAGAAAGCUGGUAUUGAGAUAAAGCAGUAUUUACCCCAUUACACUUGUAAUAAAGAAUGGCUUAAUCAUUUUGGCUCAAAAUGGAAAAAAUUCCGAGAGAGAAAAGUUCAGUUUGAUCCCAAAAUGAUGCUAUCACCAGGCCAGCGAAUUUUCAAUGACAUUUAA